AAGAAAUUCCCUUUUUUUCUCGCAGAUUCUCCCGUUUUCSCCGCCGAGAUGUCUCUGAACCAGAUGCAGAUCAAGCAGGAGCUCACCCUCCCUGCCGGCCUGGUCAAACAGAGCGCGGGGCCCGGGCCGUGCCCGCCGCARAAUUCCCAAACUCAGGGUCCCGAGCCGCUCCCGGCAGCCGAGAAAUGCCCGGGGAAAGCUGUGGAACUGGGAAAAGUGGCGGAACCGGGAAAAGGGGAAGCUCCGGUGGUUGUGGUGCCCCAGUGCCCKCCCCAGGAGCAGCAGAAGCAGCAAACGCAGCUCCCCCCAACAUUCCCAACCGCGCCCGCUCCGAGCCUGGGAGAGAAAUCCUGCCGGGAACAGAUCCCGGGAGCGCUGGAGGGGCAGGAGGCCAAGGAAAUCCCGGUAUCCAAAGAAAUCCCGGUAUCCAAGGAAAUCCCGAUGGCCAAAGAAAUCCCGGUGGCCAAGGAAAUCCCGGUGCCCGUUCCCGUUCCCUGCUCUGAGGCGGCCGCGUGUGCGCAGGAGAAGCAGCAGUGCAAGGAAAUCCCGGUGUCCAUCCCAGAAAAACAGGAAUGCAAGGAAAUCCCGGUGUCUAUCCCAGGAAAACAAGAAUGCAAGGAAAUCCCGGUGCCGAAGGAAAUCCCGGUGUCCGUCCCGGUUCCCUGCCCCGAACCCGCUCAGUGUGCGCAGGAAAAGCAGCAGUGCAAGGAAAUCCCGGUGUCCAUCCCAGAAAAGCAGGAAUGCAAGGACACCCCAGUCCCGAUCCCAGUCCCACUUCCAGAC